AUGUCCGUCUGCUACCGUCCUCCGGGGAACGAGACUCUGCUGAGCUGGAAGGCCUCGAGGGUCACGGGCACCGCCUUCCUACUGCUGGCGGCGCUGCUGGGACUGCCGGGCAACUGCUUCGUGGUGUGGAGCUUGGCGGGCUGGCGGCCCGCGCGAGGGCGACCCCUGGCGGCCACACUGGUACUGCACCUGGCGCUGGCCGACGGCGCCGUGCUGCUGCUCACGCCGGUCUUCGUGGCUUUUCUGAUGGGGCAGGCCUGGCCGCUGGGUCUGGCGGGCUGCAAGGCGGUGUACUACGCGUGCGCCAUCAGCAUGUACGCCAGCGUGCUGCUCACCAGCCUGCUCAGCCUGCAGCGCUGCCUGGCGGUCACCCGGCCCUUCCUGGCGCCCCGGCUGCGCAGCCAGGCCCUGGCCCGCCUCCUGCUCUUGGCAGUCUGGUCGGCCGCUUUCUUGCUCGCGGUCCCAGCAGCCGUCUACCGCCACCUCUGGGGCGACCGCGUGUGCCAGCUGUGCCACCCGUCGCCGGCGCACGCCGCCGCCCACCUGGGCCUGGAGACGCUGACCGCCUUCGUCCUUCCCUUCGGGCUGGUGCUCGGCUGCUACGGCGCCACCCUGGCGCGGCUGCGGAGCGCGCGCUUGGGCUCCGGGCGGCGGCGGACGCGGGCUGGGCGGAUGGUGGGCGCCAUCGUGCUGGCCUUCGGCCUGCUCUGGGCCCCCUACCACGCCGUCAAUCUGGUGCAGGCGGUGGCAGCCCUGGCUCCGCCUGAAGGGGCCUUGGCCAUGCUUGGCGGCGCAGGCCAGGCGGCGCGGGCCGGAACCACCGCUUUGGCUUUCUUCAGCUCCAGCGUCAACCCCGUGCUGUAUGUCUUUACCGCCGGAGAUCUGCUGCCCCGGGCUGGACCCCGCUUUCUCACGCGGCUCUUUGAGGGCUCCGGGGAGGCUCGAGGGAGCAGCCGCUCUCGGGAGGGCACGAUGGAGCUCCGAACUGCUCCUAGGUUGAAAAUCAUGGGGCAGGGCGGGAGCAAUGGAGACCCUGGGGGCGGCCUGAAGAGGGGCAGUCAGGAAUGGGAUCCUUAA